ACUUCCGUGUUCUGGCGUCCGUCGGAGAGUUUUGUGUGCGUCUACGACAGAAACUUUAUGUGACGACGCUCUAAAUGAUCGUAUUCAGUGUGUAGUAACUUAAUUUAUCUCCGAGUUCGGAGUUAGCGGCUGAACUGAUGGCGGACGGUCGAGGAGCAGAGAAAGAAGAGGAGCAGGGCGCUGUGGGAGGAGAAGAUGUUAUUGAUGAUCCCAUCCUAGAAGAAGGAGCAGUGGUCCUCAGAGGGUAUGUCAUUGGGCGUAUAAAUACAGAGGACCCAGACCGAUACGUGACAUCUGAAGACCUAGGAGGAAGGCCAAAUGAACAACAAGAACCUCAAGUGAAACAAGUGGUGGAACAGCUGCUCAAGAUCGCAGAAGACCUGAACCGAAGUGUUGAACUCCAGCAGCUGAUCAAUGCAGUUCAACCCAACUGUGCUCAGGACAUCUUCAUGAAAGUGGCCAGGAGCAUCUUUGCUGAUGGUAUCAACUGGGGUCGAGUCGUGGCUCUCUUUCAUCUGGCCUACAGACUCAUAUACAGGGCACUGACCACCAACCAUUUAGAAAACAUCCAAAUUGUCAUCAGCUGGGUCCUGCAGGUCAUCAAAGAUCAACUCUACAACUGGAUCAUACAGCAGGGAGGCUGGGAGGGCGUUGUACGGAGUUUUUCUCACUGGCGGACAGCAGCCGUUGUGGCAUCGGUGGUGCUGGUAGCGACCUUCGUUUACUACAGGAGGCUGCGUUGAGUCCAGUGGAUGUCACUGGUCUGCCUUCAGGAUAAACACAGCCAGACAGUUUUCUUUUAUUCACGAUAACCACUUCCCACCAUCUUCCUAAAUGAGUGGAGGUGAAGAGCUUGUAUGUAGAGGAGGAGAACUUCCUGUCAUCUCAGGUUCCUGAGAAGGGAAAAA